GAGCCCGCGGGGGAGGGGGAGCCGCGGAGAAGGGUCAGCCGCGGCGGCAGGGCGGCGGCGGCAGCGGCGCAGCUCCGCUCCCCGCGCGUCUCCCGUCCCCGCGCCCAGGUGGGGCGCGCACCCUCCGCCGCCGGGAUGCGGCCGGCCGCCGGGCGCGGAAGCCGCCCGGCGCUGCUCGCGCUCCUCACCUGCUCCCUGGCUUUUGCUUUGUUUUCUGAAGCUACAAAGAAAGAGGUCACGCGGUCUCAGGGUUUGGAGAAUACAAGUGGUAUAUCGAGGAGAAAUGACAUAGACUUAAAAGGAAUUGUAUUUGUCAUCCAGAGUCAAAGUAAUUCUUUUCAUGCAAAGAGAGCAGAACAAUUAAAAAAAAGCAUCUUAAAGCAGGCAGCAAACCUUACACAGGAGCUCCCCAGAGUCCUCCUCCUCCACCAGCUGGCUGAGCAGGAGGGUGCCUGGACCGUACUUCCGCUGCUGCCACACUUUUCUGUAACAUACAGCAGAAAUUCAUCAUGGAUUUUCUUCUGUGAAGAAGAGACAAGAAUACAGAUUCCGAAACUCUUAGAAACACUCAGCAGAUACGACCCCUCGAAGGAAUGGUUUUUAGGAAAAGCGUUACAUGAUGAAGAAUCUACAAUAAUUCACCAUUAUGCCUUUUCUGAAAAUCCUACAGUUUUUAAAUAUCCAGACUUUGCUGCUGGCUGGGCCCUUAGUUUCCCACUUGUAAACAAGCUUUCCAAGAAAUUAAAGAGUGAAUCCCUGAAAUCCGACUUUACAAUAGAUUUAAAACAUGAGAUUGCCCUCUACAUCUGGGACAAAGGCGGGGGGCCUGCCCUCACCCCGGUGCCUGAGUUCUGCACAGACGGCGGGGACUCCGGCUGUGCUACCACAUUCCAUUCCUUUCUACCACUUUGUGGAGAACCAGUGAAGAAGGAGAAUAUUUUUGUUGCAGUAAAAACAUGCAAGAAAUUUCAUGGUGACAGAAUACCCAUCGUAAAGCAGACCUGGGAGAGCCAGGCGGGUCUCAUCGAGUACUACAGUGACUAUGCGGAAGGUUCCAUCCCUACGGUGGAUUUGGGAAUUCCUAAUACAGACAGAGGUCAUUGUGGAAAGACAUUUGCCAUUUUGGAGAGAUUUCUGAAUCGUAGCCAUGACAAAAUAGCAUGGUUAGUUAUUGUGGAUGAUGACACGUUAAUAAGCGUCUCCCGGCUCCAGCGCUUGCUCAGCUGCUACGACUCCAGCGAGCCCGUGUUCCUGGGAGAGCGCUACGGCUACGGCCUGGGCACCGGCGGCUACAGCUACGUCACGGGCGGAGGAGGGAUGGUCUUCAGCAGAGAGGCCAUCGGGAGACUUCUCGCCAGUAACUGUCGAUGCUACAGCAAUGAUGCCCCCGACGACAUGGUCCUGGGGAUGUGCUUCGGCGGGCUGGGGGUCCCUGUGACACACAGCCCCCUCUUCCACCAGGCCCGGCCAGUGGAUUACCCUAAGGACUACCUUUCUCAUCAAGUUCCCAUCUCGUUCCACAAACACUGGAACAUCGACCCAGUGAAGGUCUAUUUCACGUGGUUGGCUCCCAGUGAGAAAGACAAAGCCAGGCAGGAGACUCAAAAAAGUUUUAAAGAAGAGUUAUAAACCAUGGUGGCCUCCGAGCACAGUUUGGGCAGGAAACAAAGCUGGACUGUGGCGUCGUCCCGCUGUGCUGUGCUCACACUGCUCGUGUCUGCUGUGUGGCAUCGGACGCUUCCUGACUUUAGGUGGAAAUUGUGUAUAUGGUAUGUUUUGAUGGGGGAAGAAAAGGAGUUGAGGGGAAACAGAUUUUUUUUUUCUGGGAAAAAUCACUUGCUUUUGACUUAAGCAGUUGUUGUAACACAUAGUGAUUACUGUGCAUUUUUCAAGCUGUGGUACAGCAGCGUUAUUACUCUCACCGGAAAAUAAAUGGUGCCAGAAGUCCUUCUGUUCGCUCUCUUCAUUGUACUGGAAGGUUCAGCUGGGCAUGAGCCGGGAGAGAUGUGACCGUCUGUUCUAUACACACAUAAAGAAGAGUGAACGUCCUUGACGUGGAUAUUGCCAAUGGGAUGAACUUUUAAACCACAUUAUUGAUGAUGAAAAUUAUUUCCUGGGAACUCAGUAGGAAUAAUGCUAUGUUAAGGAUCAUUCAUAAAACAUCGUGAGAAGCUAGAUAUGAAAUCCCCUGUAGUCUAUAAUCGUGGAUAUGUUUUAUCUAUUCUUUUGCUGUUUGUGCCUCAUAAAAGAGAAUAAGAGAUCUUCUGCCAGAGCUUCCUAUUUCUUGAGAAGUUCGUCUGUGUUCUGUUUCUCCCUGAAGCCUAUCUUUAUGGCCUACUUGUAACAUGAAAGUGUAGCGGAUGCUGCCAGAAAAUAGUGUCCUCAAUAUUUUAAAACAACGUUGACAUGAUUUAUUCAACCCAGCAAGCUCUGUGUGCGUCUCAGGAAGUGAAUUAAAUCUGGACCAUGUGUUUUACUCUAGUUCUUCUUUGAAUGUUACCUAGUGACUCUCUCCUGACUCAGGAUGGACCCCCUCAGUGCGCCGUGAAACCCGUGAGGAAGGACAAUAUGGUGAUCUGGCAGUUUCUCUGGGUUCUUAGAGAAUGAAAUUUGAACAUAGUAUUUUGAAACAGUUCUAAUUUUCAAAUUAUAUCUUUAAUAUAUAGUAAUUUAACACAUUCAGCAUUAAUGUAUAAAAAGUACUCUGUAUUUUUUUAUGUUUUUAAUUAUGUGAUUCAGUUUUGUAAAGGUAUUUGCAUAGAAUUUAAUUUUAAUGUUUUCAGCUAAUUUUGGUAAAGUUAGUUUCCCCUCUUUCUUUUCUUUCUUUUUAUUAAAAGCACUAUUCAUUAACUUUGUUUAUAAUGCUUUUUAUAGCCAAGCACAGAGUUAAAAGCCAUACCACCAAAAGUACCUGUGUGGUUUUUAAGAACGUAGUUUUUUUUUGCAGCUUAGAUGACUCGUUUGCAAAAUGAUGCAGCAGUAUUUACCAUUUUUCCAAAUCAGCAACUACCAGGACUAGUGUGUUGCCGUGACAAGGGAAUCCAUUGGAUUAAGUUUUGUGAAAAUGGACCUUGUGGCCCAUCCUGGGAAUGGGAGGAGCAGCUGUAUGGGAGGCACCAGAAGGAUCUCUAGAUCCCACCCGGUUUUUGCGGACAGCCUCAGCUGUGCUGCCAUCCUAGCUGGGGUUGUUGGCAUCACUCCCACGGUAGUCCCUUCCGUCAUCUAUCAUAAUACUCCUGGAGGGCUCUGGCUGCCUGCACCUGCAGAAAAGAGUCUUUGGUUCUUCUCCUCCUGCCUAGUAAUUGUCACCCCUCAGAGGACCGCAUGCUCACUUGACGGGAUCGAAUCCGGCAUCAGUAUGUGAAGAUCCACAUCGGGUUUUCGUCUGUGGUGUGAUCAGUGCCUUCUACUGACGCAGGAGCACCUCCGCUGGUACUUUUAGGUGUUUUGUUAACUACGUUUACUUUUUGGAACUGUGUAAGUCUAAUCACGAAUAAAAAGAUCUUUGCCUAA